AUGGCGUCCCGGAAGACCCAGCAAGAGAUCGACAAGACGUUCAAGAAGGUCGAUGAAGGAAUCCAAGCGUUCGAGAGCAUUUACGAGAAGAUCUACUCCUCACAGAAUGCGGCGCAGAAGGAGAAACUGGAAGACAACCUCAAGAAAGAGAUCAAGAAAUUACAAAGAUCCCGAGAUCAGAUAAAGACUUGGGCGGCCGGCAACGAGAUCAAAGACAAGAGUGCCUUACUCGAACAGCGGAAGCGGAUAGAGAAAUGUAUGGAAAUCUUCAAAGCCGUGGAGAAGGAGAUGAAGACGAAAGCAUUCUCGAAAGAGGGGUUAUCACAAAAUGCCAAACUAGAUCCCAAGGAGAAGGAACGGGAGGAACUCUGCGACUUCUUGUCGGAGCAACUGGACGAAAUCAAUCGGAUCCUGACUGAGGAACUUGAACCGGAAGCGAACAUCUUACAAGCUGCUCUCAAGAAGAAACAAAGAGAUAACAGUAAGGCCGAUCGACUUGCGGAGAUUGAGGCCGUGACCGAAACGUACAAAUGGCACGAAUCCCGAUUGCAACUGGUCCUCCGAUCACUUCAGAAUGGCAACCUGGACAAUGAUUUGGUGACUGUGAUCAAGGGUGAGAUUGAAGAGGUGGUCAGAGAAGGCCGCGAGCCCGACUUCGACGCUGAGGCCUACGAAGGCAUUUAUGACGACCUCAACCUUGACGGCGAAGAGGCGCAGUUUGGUCUGAGUAACGAGGUGGAUCACAUGUCUUCCCAGGACACACAGUCUGUGCAGGAAGACAAUGAACCAGAACCCGCUCCGAUCAAGAAGCCCAAAGUCGAGCAUCCGGCGACCCGACGACCAUCAACCCAGCUCAAAUCACCACUCCCAGCCCUCGCGACUCUAAACACCAUGCCUCCGCCACCAUCAAUACCCAAAGACACCACGAUGAAACCGGCGCCAAUACCGAAUCGACCGCCUGGCGAGACAUUAAAGUAUGCAUCAGCCGCGGCCGCGGCCGCAGCAAGCGACAAGACAGGAGUGGGCAUUGCUCCUCUUCCUCCGCCAGUGGGCGCGAACUCGACCACUGCAUCUCACGCCCUGCCGGCGCCGAACAAGACGUCUGCAACCAGUUCACCAGCCCCAGCGCCCGCGCAACCGGUGGAAAAGACAGCCUCGCCCAGACCUGGUCCUGUGACCGUGGAGUCUUCGGCAACAUCGCAAGACCACUCCAGCCAUUCCAAGUCGCCUACACUCAGCUCCACCAGUGCCCCGGCUGCUAGCGUACCCAGUAGUAUUCCUCCCACGCCUGCAAUGGAGAACUCGGUGGCAGUUCAAGAGCCUGUGAUAGCGGAUGAACUGCCGACGACAAAUGGUGAUGCUCACGAGGACCCUUCUACCGUAGAGUCGAUAUAUCACCUGCCUCCUGGUCUCCAAGACCUCCUCGACUCAUUUGAGACGACCAAGAGUCGAGCCGCUCAACCACCUUCUCAGUUGGCCCGCCUGCUCCAAGCUUCGCAAGAGACAUGUCCCGAGCCAUCGGAUAGCGAUCGACCUCAACAUUACCGACCAACAUUCAAGUACAAUACCCCGGCGCACUAUCCUCAGGAUGUACUUCCAAUCUUCGAUGAUCCCGCCUUGUACGACAACCAGAGACUGGAAACGGACACCCUGUUCUACAUCUUCUACUACCGGCAGAACACAUACCAGCAGUGGUUGGCAGCGCGCGCCCUGAAAAACCAGAGUUGGCGGUUUCACAAGCAAUAUCAAACAUGGUUCCAGCGGCAUGAAGAGCCCAAACAGAUCACGGAAGAAUUCGAACAGGGAACGUAUCGGUUCUUCGAUUAUGAGAGUACUUGGAUGAAUCGGCGGAAGGCGGACUUCAAGUUCUUGUACAAAUUCCUCGAAGACGACUUGUAG